CCCCUCCGCGGGCAGCUUGUGGGCGGUGUGGGAGUCGCGGUAAAGGGGAGGGGACCUCCGUGUGUCCCUGACUCCACAAACCCGUCGGAAACCCUGCGGAGCGGCAGCGGGAAGCACCGAGGACCGACUGGCCAUCCACCCAGGGCCCCUACGCGGUCCUUCCGACUCCCUGGUUCCGGUCCAUCGUCUGGGCGUGCUGGCAGCGGGUUCCCUGAGCCGCGGCCGCAUUGUUGUGGGACAAAAACACCCCCCCCCCCACCCCCCCCUCGUCUGAGGCGGCCCCGGCUGCACAUGCUGGCCUUUGUCCGGGCGGCCGUUGUUCCUGCAGAGGCCCGCGGCGGCCAUGAUGGAUCAGACUGACGCUGACGGCAGCAGAAUGAGCCGCCCAGGCCGGGCGACGGGGGGCGGAGCUACGUGAGGCGGCCAUUGUUACCCCACGGCAACAAGCCGGACCCGCGGCCCACCUGGGACCCGUUGGCCUCCUGCUGACCUGCGGCAGGACCCCGGCCCAGCAGCUGGUGCCGGUUCUGGUGCCGGUUCUGGUGGACGUUAACCGGACCUCCUGCCAAAAGUGCCUUUCUCUGACUCUUUGGUCCAAACCUGCACACAUCCUUCACUUUUUCACCUGAACCAGAACAACCAGAGACCUUUCCACACACUUUAGUUCUGGACUUUCGGUUCUGAUCGACGGGCGUCGGUCCGAGCGGACCCGUCGCCAUGGUUACGCUGCAGUCUAAGUGGCGCUUCCUGUUCAUGUUCCUGGGCAUCCAGCUGGUUGUCAUGGCGCUGCUGUCCCGCGAGGGCUACCACAAGCGGGUCAGCUACUUCAUCCGGAUCUUCCGCAAGGGCGAGGCGGCGGGUCCGCAGCUCCGGAACCGCACCGGCGCCGUCCUCAGCGGCGGGGACGUCUACGCCAACCUGUCCCGUCUGCCCCGCGGACCCGGCCACGCCGACGAGAUGCCCUACUGCCCCAAGACGUCCCCCCUGAUAGGGGGGCCGAUCCACGUCACCUUCCCGUCGGGCCUCACCCUGGCCCAGGUCCAGAGGAAGAACCCGCUGGUGGUGCGCGGCGGGCGCUACAGGCCGCCCGACUGCGAGGCCCGACACAAGACGGCCAUCAUCAUCCCCCACCGGCACCGCGAGCAUCACCUCAAGUUCCUGCUCUACUACCUGCACCCGUUCCUGCAGCGGCAGCAGCUCAGCUACGGCAUCUACAUCAUCCACCAGGCGGGAAACUACACGUUCAACCGGGCCAAGCUGAUGAACGUGGGUUUCCGGGAGGCCAUGCGGGAGGAAGACUGGGACUGCCUGUUCUUCCACGACGUCGACCUGAUCCCAGAGGACGACCGCAACCUUUACGUCUGCGACGCCAACCCCAAGCACGCCGCCAUCGCCAUGGACAAGUUCGGCUACAAGCUUCCGUACAAGAUGUACUUUGGAGGAGUGUCUGCUCUGUCGCCGCUGCACUACCUGAAGAUGAACGGCUUCCCCAACAACUACUGGGGCUGGGGCGGCGAGGACGACGACAUCGGCGUCAGGGUCUCUCUGGCCGGGAUGUACAUCAGCCGGCCGUCUCUGAAGGUCGGCCGCUACAAGAUGAUCAAACACAAGCUGGACAAAGGCAACGACGUGAACCCAAAGAGGUUCAACAUGUUGGCAAAGACUCGUCAGACCUGGAAGAUGGACGGCAUGAACACGGUGGAGUACGAGAUCGUGUCCCGCGAGUACCUGCCGCUCUACACCAACAUCACCGUCAACAUCGGCACCGAGUCGGGCCUGCGGUCGCCCAAGGCUGCAGAGAAACCCGCAGAGAAGCCUGCAGAGAAACCUGCAGAGAAACCCGCAGAGAAACCCGCAGAGAAACCUGCAGAGAAACCCGCAGAGAAACCUGCAGAGAAACCUGCAGCCAACUCGUCCAGCGGCCUCCAGGACAAAGCUGCGGUGAAAUAGUCGGUGUUCGGCUUCUUCUGUCUGGCGAGGAGCACCGCCACAGGACUGUAGACGUGAAGCGGUGGCUCCCCCUGGUGGCUCCUGUACUCCUUCACAUCUUAUCGUUUCACAGGAGCUGCAGAACGGAGGAGCUCAGUUGGACUCUGUGAGUUUGUGUGUUUGGCGCCGUAGCCGCUGUAUAAACCGCGCGAGGCCUUAGAACAGCGUAUUAUUAUUUUUAUUUUUUUCACUUUGACCUUACUGUGUGCAGAGCGAGUUUAACGCAGGACUUCCUGAGAAGCCGUGCUCCUGAUGUGGAGCUGCUGCUGCCGGCCGUCCGUUCAGCAGCAGCAGCUCCGAACAUCCGGUUCUGAUUCCUGAGGUCGACCCGGAACCCUGAGCAGCUGGUUCUGUGAACGCUGGACAGCUUCCGGGUUUUCCUCAUCCUUUUUUUUCCUGUGGAUGAUAAACGAGUUGCUCCACCCACCUACCUGCCUUCUUCUUCUUCUUCCUGCGUUUUCUUCACUCCGACAGCUGAUUGUGUGAAAAAGUCUCUCCAUCCUGUGAGUUUGGCAGAAGAAACCAAAGACGACGGCGUGGAGAUCUGCUCCGGAUCAGGAGCUUGAAUCCUCCUCUGGUGACGGACUUUUUAUCCUUCAUAUCAGUCGGUGUUCGCUCGCCAACGCGGCGCUCCGGGAAUGCGUCCGGACGGCGACCGCUGAAAUGGGACGUGGCCUUAGAAGCUCCAGGAUCAUCAGCAGUUUGUUGUUGGAAUAAAAACGACUGUUUGGGUCAGAGGAACUGAGACUUUGUCCCAGGAGGCGGACAGGUGUCUCCAGGUGUCUGACUCAGGUUUGGGCUCAGCGGCACCAUGGCUCAUCACAGGGUUCUGGUGUCGGUUUCUUUUCUCCUUUCCAACUUCUGCACAGUCCACAGUGGCCUUAUAAUCCUGAAUAAACUGAUUCAAAGUACAAAAAAAAA